UUUUUCUUUUGGUCCUUAUUUGCCCAUUUCGUGGCUUCCAAGUUCCAAUACAAUUCAUUGGUGAUUUUUUUUUUUUUUCGUUAAGUUUCCUGGUAGAAUUUUGGAAGUGAAAUGAUCAAGCUUUCGUUUUGACAUUCUUGAAUUCCUCGAAUGCCUUUGUAUUUUUUCCAAUUGACAUAGAAAAUUGCUCUAUAUAAAUGGGGGAGGAAAGCAUUAUUCGGAAAUGGGAUGAAUUAAUACCCGAUGCUCUUGGCCUAAUAUUCAAGAAUCUCUCGUUUGUAGAGUUACUGACUGUAGUACCAAGAGUUUGCAAGUCGUGGGGAAAAACAGUGGCUGGGCCUUAUUGUUGGCAAGAGAUAGACAUUGAGGAAUGGAGCAAAAACCGUAACCCCGAAAUCAUCGACCGAAUGCUUCGAUUAUUGAUUUCAAGAAGCGGUGGUUCGCCCCGAAAGUUAACUGUUUCUGGUCUCACGAAUGACCAAAGCUUUUUGUUCAUCGCAAAUCACGCUCAAUCUCUCCACACACUGUCCCUGACGAGGUGCUCCAUAACCGACUCCAUAACCGAAACAAUCUCCAUGAAGCUAUCUUCCCUCUCCUCUUUAGACCUAAGCUACUGCAACAACCUCGGUGCCCCAGCCCUCGAAUCCAUCGGCAAAAGCUGCAAAUCCCUCACCACCUUGAGACGCGUGAUGCACCCGCUCGAGGUCAUCAGCAUGCACUCUCAGGAGGACGAGGCACGAGCAAUCGCAACCACAAUGACGAAGCUCGAACAUUUAGAAAUGGCUUACAUGCUCGUGACAACUUCGAGCGUGCUCGAGAUCUUGAGAAGCUGCAAACGGCUAACGUUGCUCGAUAUUCGGGGUUGUUGGAAUGUGGAGCUUGACGAGAGGGUUGUGAAGAGGUUUUGGGGGAAGUUGAAGGUUUUGGGGCCGGAUAUGGUGGGGUGUUAUGAGGCGGGAGAGUGGGAGUGGGACGAUUGGUCGGAGGAGUCGGGGGGUUACUUGGCGUGGGAUUUUGUGGCGGGGGAUUUGGAUGGGGAUGACGAUUAUUAUGCGGAAGAGGUGGCGACUGCGUUUUGGGAAGAGGAUGGCGAGUGGCCGUACGAGGGUGGUGAGGGUUUUGAUUGGCCGCAUUCGCCUUGAGGGAUUUUUUUUUUAAUUUGGUUUUUUAAGAGAACAAGAAUGUAUUUGUAUUUUUAUUUUUAUUUUUAUUU